AUGUCCGGAGACGAACCCCUAACUCUGCAUCCAGAUGGAGGAAAAGCGGCCGACGCUACCAUAGCUGAGCUCCGAUCCUCUGUCUUGGCUCUUGAGAAAAGAAACCAAGAGCAAGAGAAACUUACCGAGACCUUGACCCAACAAGUCGAGAAUCUCCGUAAGGAAAAGGAAUCCAGAGCUUCUCUUUUGAGAAAGCGUCUCGAUUUCGCUACUCCUGUUGGCUCAGGAACUUUGAGGCGUGAUCCGCGGGGAAGUUCUUUCCGAACUCCAUCCUCUCGCAGGAUCAACCCUACUGCUCCACCAUUGUUGCGGCCCCUUUUGGACGCACCAACAACAAGCACGGUAGACACUGAAACACGCGCUGAGGGAAACCCUAAUUCCGAGGGUCAGAACAACAACUCUCGAUCCGACGAUGUGGUUGAUCUCUCAGACCGUGAAGAGGAUCUUACCGAAGAAGAACUCGCAAUCUUGCGAGAACGUGAGGAGGCUCAUCGAGCACACGAUGGCGAUUUCCAGCGGGCAAUUGGCGAAAGCCAAUUCGAUGAGUUGCGUAGAAAGCUGAACCAAACAGCCGAUGAGAUGAAGAGAAUGAAGUCUCAAGUCCAUCGAGUGACCAGCGAUGCCCCAGAAAUCGAGCGUGUCCUCGAAGAGGCUCAGAAAACUCCUUUCACGGACCGAGUCACCCAAACUAGGCUUUCGGAUCCCGGAAAGGUUAAGAUCAAACCUUACAAUGGAACCACUGAUCCUAAGGCGCACCUAACAUCGUUUAGGAUCGCCAUGGGACGCGCGAGGUUCAGAAAAGAAGAAGAGGACGCAGGUUACUGCCUCCUGUUCGUCGAGAACCUCAAGGAUGACGCCCUCGAGUGGUUCUCAAAACUCGAAAGGGAUUCCAUCGACAACUUCUCACAGUUGUCCAAGGCUUUCCUCAAACAAUACUCCAUGUACAUCACCCAAGAGACCUCAGACGCUGAUCUCUGGUCGAUCACUCAAGGCCAGACCGAAUCUUUGAAGAAAUUCAUAGAUCGGUUCAAGGCUGUAGUCUCAAAAAUCGACGGAGUGAGCGACAGAUCCGCACUUGAGGCCCUAAAGAGGUCAUUGUGGUACGAGUCUUGUUUCCGCGAGGAGAUGACGCUCAACCCACCACCGACAAUCCAAGAUGCUCUCCAUCGAGCUUCUGGAUUCAUCAAGCUUGAGGAGGACAUCCGAGCAAGCGAACGGAAGCACCGGACGAAACCUCCAAGUAAGAGCACACCAUCAGCUCCUAGCACUUCUUCGGGCAGGAAGGGGAGCUCAUACGUGAACUUCGAAACAAAGGGCGGAGCUCACAACUAUCAAGUGGAAACAGGGCCGUCCCCUGGAGGACCGCCCAAGCCACAAUGGGGGGCUGAGAGGCUCCUAGCUGGGGAGCUCGGAGACAUAUCAAAGUUCCUGGUGAUGGAAACACGCGAGGAACCCGAUCAGCAAGAAGAAAGCACGGACGAGCAACCCGGGCAGACUCCAGAAGGACCUCCCCCGGAAGCUCCGAAGCGCGGAAGAAGAAAUGAGGAACCUACUGGGGCGAACAGCCGCAGGAAGGUCUUCAUGAUUAUGGGCGGAUCUCAGUACUGCCCAGACACUAUUUCUGCCCUCAAAGACUAUCAAAGGCAGGCAGAAACUGCGAAAAGCUGGCCGCAACCUGCGCCCUGCGAUGACUUCCAAAUCACCUUCGAGGAGGAAGACGCGGCCGAAAUCCAGCAUCCUCACAAUGAUCCACUCGUGGUUCAGCUGGUAAUAAGCGAUGUCAAUGUCGCAAGAGUCCUGAUUGACACAGGGAGUUCAGUCGAUGUUAUCCUCCAAAGAAUGGACAUUGACUUCUCCGAAAUCGAACCCAUACCAAAACCUUUGACAGGUUUCACGAGUGAAACUACCAUGACCUUAGGGAACAUCCGACUCCCUGUCCAGGCAGGAGGAGUGACCAAGGUCGUGAACUUUGUUGUAGCUGACCAUCCAGCUAUCUACAACGUUAUCAUGGGGAUACCCUGGAUAAACUCCAUGCGCGCUAUCCCCUCCACAUACCAUUUAUGCCUGAAAUUUCCAACGAAAUCAGGCAUAAAAACCGUUUGGGGAAAUCAGAAGGAAUCCCGAGUUUGUUUCAUAGCUGAACACAAAUUCCGGAAACUCCACAUUUCGGAGGAAUCUCCGACCAAACGAAAGAAAACAAAACCAAGUCUCGCAAAAGAAGCUCCGAAAGAAAUUUCCGAGAAAGAGACUCCAAAGGAAGUUCCCGCAACCACACAACCAAUUCAGGAAGCUAGAACUUCCCAAACCCAUCCUAAGCCAUCCAAGGACGCACCUGAGCAAUCUCAAGCUCAGGACAUGGAGACUUAG